AUGAAGAUGUUUUUCUUUAUCUUUUUUCUGCUCUUCUAUGGAAGCAGUAUUAUACCAGCAAGAAGUGGAGCAGAAAUAUUCAAAUAUGGCAGCUAUGAUUACGGCAAAAAAUGCAAACUAGCCAAAGGCACCUGUAAACAAUUGUGCUCUGAAUUUGAAACUAGGAUUAGUUAUUGCAUAAAACCUUCAACAGUGUGCUGUAUUUGA